CAGCAGGAAGGAGAGGAGCUAUAGGCAUGAACCGCUGCCAUAGCAGAUAACUCUGCUGUCAUUUCAUCACUUUUUGUCAUUGUAAUUAAUGAUCUUUUCUGGUCACAUCAAACAUUCCACACGACUUCUCCAUCAGUCUGCUGACUUUUACAAUUUCUGUUUCACAGGUUAUAAAUCUGGAUAAAGAUCUGAAAAAUAUUACAUCUGAAGAUACAUAUGUGAGGGGUGAUGAGCAGAUCAUAGAGGACAUUACCACCGAUAACCACCCAGAUGACAGCUCAGACAAACAUUUGAUGUCGGAUUUUAGAACAGAUGAGUGUGGUGUCACAGAAGAUACACAUGAAGAGCGUGCCAUUAUCUCAGAAAAAUCCUCAGCCUUUCACAGCAAAGAUCUAUUAUCUAUUCCUUUGGAUGGAUUUCAAUCUUCUGAUUCAUCACAGAUUGUUAAGCAAGAUAAAAGACACCGAAGAAGUGUUCAACAUCAAAGAAGUCACACAGGGGAGAAUGCUCUUUCAUGCUCAGAAUGUGGGAAACAUUUUAACUCUAAAUCACAUCUUGUUAGACAUAAGAGAAUUCACGCAGGGGAGAGGCCAUUUUCAUGUUCAGAAUGCGAAAAACAUUUUAACUCUAAAUCACUUCUUGUUAGACAUCAGAGAAGUCACACAGGGGAGAAGCCAUUUUCAUGUUCGGAAUGUGGGAAAUGUUUUCAGACGAAAUCAUAUCUUCUUAACCAUCAGAGAAUCCACACAGGGGAGAAGCCAUUUUUAUGUUCAGAAUGUGGGAAAUGUUUUCAGACGAAAUCAUAUCUUCUUAAGCAUCAGAUAAUCCACACAGGGGAGAAGCAAUUUUCAUGUUCAGAAUGUGGGAAAUGUUUUCAGACGAAAUCAUUACUUCUUAACCAUCAGAGAAUCCACACAGGGGAGAAGCGAUUUUUAUGUUCAGAAUGUGGGAAAUUUUUUCAGACGAAAUCAUUACUUCUUAACCAUCAGAGAAUCCACACAGGGGAGAAGCCAUUUUCAUGUUCAGAAUGUGGGAAAUGUUUUCAGACGAAAUCAUAUAUUCUUAUCCAUCAGAGAAUCCACACAGGGGAGAAGCCAUUUUCAUGUUCAGAAUGUGGGAAAUGUUUUCUGCACAAAUCAUAUCUUCUUAACCAUCAGAGAAUCCACACAGGGGAGAAGCCAUUUUCUUGUUUAGAAUGUGGGAAAUGUUUUGCUGAAAGAUCAAAUCUUGUUAGACAUCAGAGAAUCCACACAGGGGAGAAGCCAUUUUCAUGUUCAGAAUGUGAAAAACAUUUUAUAAAUAAAUCAUCUCUUGUUAUACAUGAGAGAACUCACACAGGGGAGAAGCGAUUUUUAUGUUCAGAAUGUGGGAAAUGGUUUAAGCUGAAAUCAUGUCUUCUUAACCAUCAGAGAAUUCACACAGGGGAGAAGCCAUUUUCAUGUUUAGAAUGUGAAAAAUAUUUUAGAAAUAAAUCACAUCUUCGUAGACAUAAGAGAACUCACACAGGGGAAAAGCCAUUUUCAUGUUCAGAAUGUGAAAAACAUUUUAUAAAUAAAUCAUCUCUUGUUAUGCAUGAGAGAACUCACACAGGGGAGAAGCCAUUUUUAUGUUCUGAAUGUGGGAAAGGUUUUCAGCAGAAAUCACAUCUUCAUGACCAUGAGAGAAUUCACACAGGGGAGAAGCCAUUUUCUUGUUCGAAAUGUUCUAAAUGUUUUCAGCAGAAAUCACAUCUUCGUAACCAUCAGAAAACUCACACAGGGGAGAAGCCAUUUUCAUGUUCAGAAUGUGAAAAAUAUUUUAAGCAAAAAUCACAUCUUGUUAGACAUGAGAGAAUUCACACAGGGGAGAAGCUAUUUUCUUGUUUAGAAUGUGGGAAAUCUUUUACACAGAAAUCAGAUCUUGGUAAACAUCAGAGAAUUCACACUGGAAAGAAGUGA